AGGUAAAGAAACGGGCUCAGAGGCGGGGCGUUCUAAAAAAGAAGAAGAAGAAAACGAAUUUGUAGCUACAGAAAAUGGGAUUAUUGCGACCGACACCUCUCCUGCGCUUUUACAAAAGCGGCAAGACGAAUCGCAUGUCGAACCCAAUGCGGCGCUGGGUCUACCACUACAUCUUUUUUGGCGUCCUCGGCGGCUUCGGCGGCUACCAGGGCUUCCGCUACGCCCGUGCCGGCUGGGAGGCCGCCACACACCCAGAGGACGGUAACUGCCUCUGCUCCUCUGAAAUGGUGGACGCUCUCUUUUUCCUGCCCUUCAACACCUUGUCCAACAGCGUCGGCCGCCUCGCGGAGAACCUUUACCUGCCCACCUGGAUGCACCACGCUGCGGCGGACGCGCUUAUUCGCUGGUGCAAGGUGGACAUGUCUGAGUCCGUCCAGCAGGUGAGGGAUGUGGAAACGUUCCAGCAGUUUUACACCCGCGACUGGACGCCCGAGGCGCGGUCGGUGAGCGCCGGCGCGGCUGUCGUGGCUCCCUGCGAUGGCGUUUUGCUCUCCGUGCACUCCAACGUGCGAGACAUGACGCUGGUGCAGGUGAAAGGUCUCUCAUACGGCAUUCGUGUCCUCCUGCAGGAGACGCCGCCACCGCUGGACGCGGAGAGGUACCGUCGCGUCGCCGCGGUGAUCCACAUGCGCAACAAAGACUUCCACCACGUCGUUGCUCCUCUUUCUUUUCGCUGCGAAAAGAGCGUGUACGUACCGGGUGCCCUCUUUCCGGUGACGGCGGCCGGAUUUCACUGGAUUCCCUCCGUGCUGACGAUCAACGAGCGUUUGGUGCUGUGUGGCACUUCCGCGGACAGGAAUAAGCUGCCGGUGUACAUGGCGCUUGUCGGCAGCACCUUGACGGGGCGCAUCAAAUUUUAUCUCGAUCAGCGAGUUCGCACUAAUUACCUGGAGCCGCCGGAGUACGCGCUGCACAACACGUACGCGUCCAAGCCGCUGCUCGCAAAAGGUGAGCGCGUUGCCACUUUCAACUGGGGCUCCUCCGUUGUGUUGCUGGUGGAUGUUCCGAAGGACUGCGCCGUGCUGAAGCGCGCUGGUGAGGAGGUGAAGGCGGGUGAGGCGCUCAUCCAGUGUUAG